UCUCCUGCUAUCAGGAAACACAUCGCGAAUUUGUCCUUCUCACUACUAUCGUUAGUUCGGUUAACACAGUACCCGUGGCCGGAGGAGAGCGAGGAUUUGUGCUCCCCUAGACAGGUUUCCGGACACCAGCGAAACUGGACUCGGAACUGGACGGAAGGCGUAACUCCGAGAUCCCAAUAAUAAUUUGUGGACUAAACGCAAUGGAGCCAGCCUUUGGAGAGGUGAACCAGCUCGGCGGGGUUUUUGUCAACGGCAGACCACUUCCCAACGCAAUCCGGCUGCGGAUUGUAGAGCUCGCCCAGCUGGGCAUCAGGCCUUGCGACAUCAGCAGACAGCUCCGGGUCUCCCACGGCUGCGUCAGCAAGAUACUGGCCCGGUACAACGAGACCGGCUCUAUACUCCCGGGAGCGAUCGGGGGCAGCAAACCACGGGUCACCACGCCUACAGUGGUCAAGCACAUACGGACAUACAAGCAGAGGGACCCGGGUAUCUUCGCCUGGGAGAUCCGGGACAGGCUACUGGCUGACGGAGUUUGUGACAAAUUCAAUCUACCAUCUGUGAGCUCCAUCAGUAGGAUCCUCCGCAACAAGAUUGGGAAUCUGUCCCAGCAGAGCCACUAUGAGUCCAGCAAGCAGUCGUCUCACCAACCACCACAACCAACGCUACCCUACAACCACAUAUACUCGUAUCCGACCCCCAUCGGAGCCUCUGGGACCAAAGUACCGACUCCCCCGGGCAUGCACUCCCUCCCAGGACACAUGGCUAUGCACAGGAUAUGGCCCUCCUCCCACUCGGUAACAGAUAUUCUGGGGAUUCGGUCGAUAACAGAGCAACAAAUUAGUGACAGUUCGCCCUUUCCCAGUGCCAAACUAGAAGAAUGGAGCGUUAUAAACAGGACACAUUUUCCGUCGUCGGCAAGCUCUCCACUAGUCAAUGGCGUGCAGGAUAAACCACCGCAUUCUAUAGAACCUGAAGCAAAAUACAAACAGACGCAGAGUGGCUUGCCCACAGUGAACAGUUAUGUCACAGCGCCCAGCAUCCCAGCCUACCACCCUCCCACCCCAGUGUCGCCCUACAUGGGGUACAGCGCCACCACGUCGGCCUAUGUGACCGGUCCCACAUGGCAGCCGCACAGUGGCAGUGCUCUCUAUCACCACAGCUGUGACAACAUCGCCGCUCCGCUGGCCUUCAAGGGUAUGACAGCCCACCACCGUGACGUCAUCCACCCCCAUGCCCACCCCAUCCCCGCCUCAGCACUGUAAAACACAGACAGACGGGCCGGUCGGACGGAGAGUCAGAGGGAAGAAGAGGGGGGAGCAGGACAGACGGACGGGCGGAUGGAGAUAAAAGAGGAGGAAGGGAGGAAGGAAGGAGAUAAGUAGCAGGACAGAAGGAGAAAUGGAGAGACAAGUCCUCCUUUACCAUGGGUCUGGUGCCAGCUCAUUACAUUCACCUCUUCUGUAUUUAUAUGGUGACCUCACCUAGGCCCCAUAUCCAUCACAACAUUCUCCUCCAUACCAAAGACACGGUGUGGAGAACUCAAGUUAACAUGCAGUUCAAGACAGGACAUGGAAGGGAAACCAUGCCACACGUUCCACACUAUCUACAGACAUGAUACUGGUCUGUGGCCCCGCAGAAAGCUGGCAGGACAGGUGUAUUGAAGAACUGACUGGCUGUUUCUCAUACUUCCAUGGCGGAAAUUGUGCCAUUCUCAUCAAGAACUUGCCUCUUAAACCCAUUUCUGCACACUUCUCUGCAAAUGUUACUAGGGACAGGGAGUUAAAGUAUUGUAUGACAAUCACAACCAUGAGGAAAACAACGUCUGCAUUUAAGUGUUUCAGGGGUGAUAUCAAUUGGUAUUGUUUUGGAUGUUUGUAUUUGUAUUUUUUGGUUUAUUAUUUUUGACAAGUUACAAUCUUAAUAUUGAACAUUGUUUUUUCACUUCUCGACUUAAAUGUACGCCAAAGCUUCGGAGAAGUUAUCUUCAUGUUUAUUUAUUAGACUGACUAAAAGGUACUAGGGUUGAACGAAGUAUAAUUAUUACAUCAGAAGGCCACGGUGGAAACAGUAUAGGCCUAUAUGGAUGUUCCCAACACACUUUGACAGCAUUUGGCAUUAGUCUUCUGCGUAAUGUUUGAAACUACACUGUGAUAAAACAGUACAGCUGCACAGGUCCAAUCUAUCCACAAUGAAAUUGAAUGUGUCUUAAUUAAAGGAAAUUGUUUUGGA